AUGUCUAUCAAAAAUGUGUUUUCCCUUCUAUAUGUUCUAUGUAUCAUAGUUUCUGUAAAUGCUCAAUUGCCUCAGUUUCCAGCUCAACUUCCUUUUCCGUUUCCGUUCCAACUGAUUUCUGGAUUACCUGAUAUAACAAAAUGUUGGUCAUCCGUGAUGGAUAUUCCUGGAUGCAUUGCAGAGAUUUCUCAAUCCAUUUUCACUGGAAAGUUCGGUAAUUUAGGUCCGGCUUGUUGCAAAGCAUUUUUGGAUGCCAAAGUUAAUUGCAUACCGAAAAUUCCAUUCAUUCCGUUAUUCCCUCCGAUGCUAAAGGAACAAUGUUCAAGAGUUGCCGGUGCAACUCCUCCCAUACCAAAAUAG